AUGGUUUGCGGUUUAGAUAAUAAUUGUGACAUAAUAAACGUGCUCAAAAAGACACUGAUAAAUGCCGGAAUCAAAUUUGGAAAAGGAAUUGCCGUUUUGGUGGAAAUAUUUCUCAAAAUCGCUAUGCUUAAACCUUGCCGAGAACAAAUUGCAUUACAGCCUGGUCAACUCAGAAAGCUGCCGACAAUGAUAUCCGAUUGCUCAUCAUCGGUACCAGAUUACGGCGCUGACGAAAGCAGUGCAGGUGAAUACGUUACUGCUGAUGAUGGAUAUGAAGCGGAUAUUGAAAUUCCAAGUAAGAGUUCCAGAGAUGAAGAAAGUAGUAAUCAGCAUAAUAAUUUACCCAAGGGGACGACGAAUUCUUUGAGAUUUAUUUUCGACUCUCGAGGUGGACAUAUCAACACCAAUAUUACUGCUCAUCCAGCAUUGUGCUCAUUAGCGGUUGACCUACUGAUCCAGUUUAGUGAACAAGGAUUAAAUACUGAGAGAUGCAUUAUUGUGAGUCAAGGACUUAGGAAGGUUGCGGUUACUUGUCGAGAAAGCGUAUCAAAUUGCGCUGCACUUGCAGGAUCCGGGGUCAUUGCCAAAUUGUUAAACGGAUUUAGACAAAUUUUAAUAAGCAAACAUCCUCAACAUCAAGGUACUGAUAAUUGA